GAAUGGCCGGUGUAUGUGAUAGUGCACCAGAUAUUUGUGGUCAUUCCACCCUUGCUGGGACUCAACGGCAACCUGGAGCAGACCCUGGUUGCGAGACUUAGCACCCAGUGCCAGUCGACAGUGGCAACCUUCUUGACUUGUUCACUCGCCGUCCUGAAAGGCCUGGCAAUUGACGGUCUCUGGGACUCUUCACACAUCGCCGUCCUCUACGCUGGAGCGCUGGCCGCUGUCAACACCGCCAGCUUCGUGAUGUCCAUGGUCGUGGUGUUGUCCACCAAGUGCGAGAAAAACCCGGACAACAUUGCGCCGGCCAUCGCGGCUCCGUUCGGCGACCUGACCACGCUUUUCCUCCUCUCCGGCUACUCGUCUUUAAUGUUGUACCAUCCGUCGCUGGGCGGCAACCUGGCGGCCGUCUUUAGCUGCAGCUUGUCCAGUUACCUGAACCGGGUGACACCACUGGGAGACAUACCAUUCGGGGAACACGUCUGCGUGGGGCCCCUACAGAUGUACUACCAGGGUGGGGAGAUGGCCAACGUGGCCUACGUGCUCGUCGGCGUCGUGGUGCCCGGCCAGACGCUGUUCGCUGUGCUCUCCAGGAUUCUGCGCUUCGGCAAGGUCUCCAUGACCAUCACCUUCUGCGCAGCCUACUGUGGUGCAUCGCUAGGGCAGGUGUGUCCCACCGAUGAUGUUGCGUAA